UGUUAUUGCAGAGAAGUCUCACAGACUUAUUAAUACUGGAUUUUAUUCUUCUCCUUGUAUUGAUGAAAUCACUUCCGAAAGCAUUUUUACGUAUACAAAGUUUCGUCCUGCUCUUCUGCAGUUUUUAAGAAGGAAAAAGCUUCUAGGAAAACUAAAUAGAAGAAGAUGGAAGCUUCUUUAUGAUAAAUAUGAGCGUGCAUGGAAAAGUAGGAUUGACAGUUUACACAUGUCCCCGUCAUAUCAAGAAAAAGAAAUUGCUGAAAAGUACUUUUUUGAAAAAGAAUUUUCUCGUACUUUAAACAAUAAAAGUCUUUCAAAUCCACCACUUUCUACAAUGACUAACUCUUUUGGCCGAAGGAGUCAUUCUAGAGGAGGCGACGCAGUAAGGAGCGAAGCAGAAAUGGAGCAAGUUCUACUGGAGUUAAUGGCUCAAGAGCGCAGAGCUGGGAGCAGUGAAAAAUGGAAAUGCGCUAUGGCCACUAUUCCUUGUUUACUCACGGAAGAUGAAAGAAGAGUGAAGUUUUUUGAUAGAAAUAGGCUACUUUUUGAUAAGCGCCUUCUUUUAAUUAUGGAAGGCUUUAGGCGUCCUUGGCUUGAUGCUGAAAAAGAAAUUUUUUUAGAAAAGUAUAUGUCUGUAGUUAAUAAAGCAAUGUUUUGGUAUAAUAACAAUAACUUAAUAACUUACUGA